GAGGUUUCUUCUGUCGUGGCCCGGAUUCUGCACCCGAAAUAAGCCUGCAAACAAUGAGUGACGCCUUCUCGCCCUCUCUGAUCAGGUCAAAGCCGCCGUCGCCGCGCAUCCUGUCGCCCCGGCUACGGCCGAGAUCUUAAAGCCAAGCUCGCAUCCCGACAGAGGAGUUUCACACGAAGGGUCGAAUCCCACAUCCGUCAAGCUCCUCGCCAUGGCCAGACGACGGCUAAGUGUUCAAAGGGCAAGCUCCUCAGGCCCUCCUCCCAAUCUACCUACUAAACCUUCUGCUGCCUCCCCAUCUUCCGCUGUCGUCCUUACCGAAGCUUUCGCUAUUCGAGAACGAUUUGCGCCCUCUGAUGUACGGAAGAAGCAGAUUCGAGCUCUUGCAGCCCAGAUUAGGCGCAGGAACCGCCCCCCUAUCUAGGCCGCUCUCGUGACCUGUGAUGAGCACCGUCUCGAAAUCUUCAGGGCAAAGUGUGACUGUGACGGUGUGACCCUAUGUUUCGAACUAUCUUCGGAGCGUUUAGCUCUAGUAUCGCCGAAGCUGUAAUGGGCUCAUCUGAUUUCAGGACUCAUCUUCCGUCAUCAUGGUUUUAAACUCGACAAAACUGACAGCUCUCGUCGUGAAGUGCGAUGAAGCUUCUAAUGGACCAAGGUGUAAUCACAAAGGAUCC